AUGGAAGGCGUCCAGCCUGCGGCGGCUACACCCAAGUCUCUGGAGAUAUUGUGUUUUGAUGGCACUGGUAAUAAGUUCCAAGGGAACGCCUCCGACAGCAACAUCGUGAAGAUAUUCAGCCUUCUGGACCGUCAGGAUGGCAAUCAAUUUCACUACUAUCAGCCUGGUAUUGGGACUUAUGUCGAGACGAGCUCGCUCUCUCACAAAAGUCGCUUUGGUCGGAUAAAGUCAUGGUAUGUUAAGAGCAAAGACAUGGCUAUCGGCACUAGUUUCGGCGAGCAUGUGAUGGCAGGCUACAAGUUCCUCAUGCGCUACUACAACCAAGGCGAUCACCUAUACUUCUUCGGCUUCUCGAGAGGGGCGUACACUGCACGCUUCUUAGCUCAGAUGUUAGACUUCAUUGGCCUUCUUAGCGCUGGCAACGAGGAGAUGCUGCGGUUCGCCUGGAAAACUUUCGCCGGCUGGCAAAUGCGGGCCGAGGGCACGGAAAAGGACAAGGAGAAGAGAAAAGAGCAGUUCAACUUCAUGAAGAAUUUCCGGCAAACGUUCUCGCGGCCCAUUGACCGUAUCCGCUUCAUUGGACUCUUCGAUUGCGUGAAUAGUGUCCCGCAAUUCGAGGCAGCCUGGAUGGGCCGGACAAGGUUUCCGUACUCCGCCAAAUCUUCGGCCCUCGUCAUCCGUCAUGCAGUCAGCAUCGACGAGAGACGUGCGAAGUUCCGUCAAGACCUGGUCUCUGAACAACGAAGGGCACCGGACGAUCACGCUCACGUCCAUGGCGAUCAUCUGCACUGGCACCACAAAGAGGCGCUUGAGGGACCAUCACCAAAUGAGAAAACUGAUCGUCCGAAGCUGCAGUCACCGCCUUCAGAGCAUCACUCACGCUAUUCACCUAAACGACAGACUUCGCAUUUACAGCCUAUAGCCAGCUCAGCAGCCUCGCAGAACGAUGCCGCUUCGACUGCAGGCUCGCAGAUAUCUAUCGACUCCACUGCUGCUGCUCGCGAGAGGCGCCAAGAACACCGUGAUUUUGAUGCUGAUUACCAUGACGAGCAUGAUGAGCAGGAUAUCCUCGAAUUGUGGUUUGCAGGCCAGCAUGGAGAUAUCGGUGGCGGAUGGACAUUGAAGGAGGGCGAGCAACCAGCAAGCGAUCUGCCUCUUAUGUGGAUGGUGCGCGAGGCGAAACGAGCGGGCAUGCCUUUCGACGAAGACAAGCUCGAAGCCUCUGGAUACCUCGUGGAUAAUGUCUUGCGCCAUCAAGAGACCCCAGCGAUCACAAUCGAAGGGCAACCGAUGCCACAGCCACAGCGAACUGCAUCUGUCAACCAUUCAGUAGUUCGUAACGAGGAAGAUAUGCUACGACUUGAGACAACCACAACUGUUCACGACUCGCUCGCUUUUGGCAAGGGUAUGGGUGCGAUGUCCGUGUUGUCGUGGCAAGUGAUGGAGUACCUGCCUUUCCGUCGGAUGGAUCUCCAUGAAGACGGAAGCUGGAAGCCUAUCAGCUGGCCACUGCCGAUGGGUGAACCUCGCGACAUGCCGGACACAGCGCUUGUGCAUGGCUCCGUAAUUAGGCGUAUGGAAGCGGAUCCAAGCUAUAGACCGGGCAACCUAAUAAUUGGCGGCGGAGGCCGUGGUGUGAAGAUCGCACCGAAGGAGGCCGGCAUAGGUCAUUGGAGGGUCGCUCGGGAGGCUGGCGAUCGGCUUGGCGAAGCGGUCAUUAGGAUGCCAAAGCAGGCCGUCUAA